AUGAGCAAACCACUCCCCGCCUUCCGCUCGCCGCUGACCCAACUUUCCGAAAACCAACGUCCCUCGACCGCCCAACCGCCCUCAAAAAAACUCCAUCGGAUAAACUCCACCCCCUCUCAGUCUCCCAUCUUCAAACCCUUCAAGUGUCCCGGUUCUGCAGCUCCAAAGAGAGAAUCCGCUUUGCCACCUCGUAAGCGCCGAAAGGUCAAUUAUGCAGGUGCUGAUGGAGAUAACGAAGACGGCGAGGUAUCCUGGACGGCUCCUGGUGCCGUUCUUGCUCUCCGUGAAGCGAACAAGCUUCCGAUAUUCAAAGUAAAAGACGCAGAAUCUACUUUCCGUUCAAGGUUUGCUAUUCCGUUCAUCGAUAAGUCUCGUAUCAACAAUGAUCGUCCGACUAUUGCUUUGGGUAUGCGUCGGGGUGCGAAUUUUGUAGCAAAGGCGCUUCAUGAUCCUGCCGGUGAAUUUGCAAUCGUUCUCUAUGAUCCUACUAUCGAUGAUAAGAAGGAGGAACCUGAAGAGGCACCUAGUGCCCCGGAACCUGAAUCAUCGGAUAAGUCUUCGAAAGGGCGACCGAACAAAAGUUUGAAUGAAAUCCUGGGAAUCAAGAAGCAAGAUGUUAGUGAAAUUCCUAGAGUCGCCGUAGUCAUCGAUCCGAGGUUGGCAAAGGUGCUCAGACCCCAUCAGAUCGAGGGUGUCAAGUUUCUGUAUCGGGCAACAACAGGCCUUAUUGACUCCAAGGCGCAUGGAUGUAUCAUGGCCGAUGAAAUGGGUCUCGGUAAAACGCUCCAAUGCAUCACCCUUAUGUGGACGCUUCUUAAACAAUCUCCAGAAGCUGGAAGGCCUACAAUUAGGAAAUGUGUCAUUGCGUGUCCUUCAAGUUUGGUUCGCAACUGGGCUAAUGAACUUGUAAAAUGGCUGGGAGAGGGCACCAUCCACCCGUUCGCCGUGGACGGCAAGGCCACCAAAGAAGAACUUAUCAGCCAGCUCAAACAAUGGGCUAUCGCCUCCGGAAAUCAGGUCGUUCGCCCGGUCCUAAUCGUCUCGUAUGAAACCCUUCGUCUAUACGCCAAAGAGCUAGGGAGUACCGAGAUCGGCCUCAUGCUGUGUGACGAGGGCCACAGACUAAAGAAUGGUGAGAGUUUGACUUUCACCGCUCUGACAGAGUUGAACGUCAAGCGUCGUGUCAUCUUAUCAGGAACACCAAUCCAAAACGACUUGACGGAAUAUUUCUCAUUGCUCAAUUUUGCAAACCCUGACUACCUUGGAAGUCGUGCCGACUUCCGCAAGAAGUACGAAAUGCCAAUUCUGCGGGGUCGUGAUGCAAAUAGUGAUGAGAAAACACGGGAGAAGGGUGACGAACGUCUGAAAGAACUCUUCGGACUUGUCAACAAGUUCAUUAUUCGACGCACCAACGACAUUCUUUCGAAAUAUCUACCGGUCAAAUACGAACACGUUGUCUUUUGUGGGCUUGCACCUUUCCAGAGAGACCUCUACAAUCAUUUUGUUACUAGCUCCGAAGUCAGGAAACUGCUUCGUGGUGUUGGAUGCAAACCUCUCAAGGCUAUCAAUGUUCUGAAGAAACUGUGCAAUCACCCAGAUCUGUUGGAGCUCCCGGACGAUCUCCAUGGAAGUGAACAGUUCUUCCCAAGCGAUUUUGUUCCGAAAGCAGCGAGAGGGCGGGAUGGGAGAUAUGUCAACGUCUGCUACUCUGGGAAGAUGCUUGUUUUGGACAGGAUGUUGGCUAGAAUUCGCCAGGACACCAAUGAUAAGAUUGUUUUGAUCAGUAAUUACACACAGACUUUGGAUGUGUUUGAGAAAUUGGCACGUUCGAAAGGAUACGGCUUCCUUCGGCUAGACGGAACGAUGAACGUCAACAAGCGUCAGAAGUUGGUGGACAAGUUCAAUAACCCGGACGGAGACGAGUUUAUCUUCCUGCUGAGCAGCAAGGCUGGUGGUUGCGGUCUCAAUCUUAUUGGAGCCAAUCGUCUAGUUUUGUUUGAUCCGGAUUGGAAUCCUGCAGCUGAUCAGCAGGCUCUUGCUCGUGUGUGGCGUGAUGGCCAGAAGAAGGAUUGCUUUGUGUACCGUUUCAUCGCUACCGGUACGAUCGAAGAGAAGAUUUUCCAACGACAAUCUCACAAGCAGUCGCUCUCUUCGUGUGUCGUAGACGAGGCGCAGGACGUGGAACGACAUUUCGGAUCCGAAGAUCUCAGAAAGUUAUUUGAGUACAACACUAAUACUCGUAGUGAUACACACGAUACAUUCAAGUGUAAGAGAUGCAAGCCAGAUGGAAGACAGUAUGUGAAGGCGCCGGCGAUAUUAUACGGUGAUACUAGCACAUGGAAUCAUUUUGCAGGAGACGGUAUGGGGAAGAUUGAGGAUCUAUUGUUGAGACAAGAGGGGGAGUAUGGUGGGGACGAGAGGGUUGUCAACGGAGCCGCCGACUCCUCUACAGAACAACAACCUCCCUCACCAACAUCUUCCCAACCGUUACCCACCCUACCCACCAAUCUUACUGUAGCCGAAGAGCGACCAGCUAAACGCUCACACUCUUCCACCGCUACACACCCACAUCUUGCCGGUGACUACGAAACCGACGAAGACGCCGCUUUCUCGCCAGCAUACGACGCUCUUAUUGAGAACGAACCGAAAGGGAAAAUGUCCGAAAUGAGUGAUGACGAUUUUCUCUCUGGGGGUUCUGACGAGGACUUCAUGGACGAGAGCAUGGAUAGCGACUUCGAGGAAGAAGAUGGCACCCAGUACCUCGAUGAUAAGGACGAUAAACCUCAGAAGAAAGCUUACGAAGUUGAUUUCACUGUUCUCACAGAAGCCGAAAUAAAAAAGGCACAAAGUGACGCAAUAGAAGAAUCUUGUAAUAUCUUGGCCAUGAGCCCGGAAAAUUGCGCCGUUCUCCUUCGUCACUUCAAAUGGAACAAGGAUCGCAUGAUUGAACAAUAUAUGGAUGGCUCGCAGAAGCUGCUCGAGGAGGCUGGAGUCGAUUUAACAGGAUUCAACAAGCCGGAACUGAAGACGGUGCCCGGUUUCGCGUGUGAUAUCUGCUGUGAGGAUGAAAAUGGACUUCCAACAUUCAGUUUGAGGUGUAAUCACCGAUACUGUGCCGAUUGCUAUAGACAUUAUUUAAGUCAAAAGAUAAAGGAAGAAGGAGAAGCGAUAAGGAUACAGUGCCCGUCGGAUGGAUGUAAGGUUUUGGUUGAUCCAAAGUCGAUUGUCAUGUUGGCAGGUGUCGGUGUGCUCUCUCGAUACUAUGAGCUUCUUAAUAGGACUUAUGUAGAGGAUAGAGAAAAUCUGCGCUGGUGCCCUGCGCCAAACUGCGAAUAUGUUGUGGACUGUCCUGUCUCGCAGAAACAGUUGCAGGAAAUCGUCCCGACAGUGCUCUGCGACUGCGGGCACCACUUCUGCUUCGGCUGUGGCUCCAACGACCAUCAGCCCUGUCCUUGCGGCCUUGUUAAGAAAUGGUUGAAGAAGUGCGAAGAUGAUUCCGAGACUGCAAACUGGAUUUCGGCGAACACAAAGGAGUGUCCCAAAUGCCAGAGCACGAUCGAGAAGAACGGUGGAUGCAACCAUAUGACAUGCCGAAAGUGCAAGCAUGAAUUUUGUUGGGUUUGCAUGGGGCCGUGGAACGAGCACGGAACAAGCUGGUACAACUGUAACAGAUACGAGGAGAAGAGCGGUAUUGAUGCCCGAGAUACUCAGGCUAAGAGCCGAGCUAGCUUGGAGAGGUACCUUCAUUACUACAACCGCUACGCAAACCACGAACAAUCAGGGAAGCUGGACAAGGACCUCUACAUUAAGACCGAGAAGAAAAUGACCAUGCUUCAGUCUGCUUCGGGCAUGUCAUGGAUCGAGGUCCAGUACCUCGACGCCGCCUCCAAAGUUCUUCAGCAAUGCAGACAAACACUCAAGUGGACUUACGCCUUCGCCUUCUACUUACAGCGAAACCAUUUGACCACUAUAUUUGAAGACAAUCAGAAGGACUUGGAAAUGGCGGUCGAAGCUCUCAGUGAGCUGUUUGAGAAGCCCACCGAUCAGUUGGCGAAUAUCAAGGUUGAGAUGAUGGAUAAGACAGCUUAUGUGAGCAACCGACGAGUGAUCCUGCUAGAUACCACAGCAAAAGGUUUGCAGGAUGGCACUUGGGAGUUUACUGUUGAGUUUUAA